CAGCCGGUGCUUUGCUGUUACUGGUAGGAUAAUGAAUGUAGCCGGUCCAGGCCCGGGGAUGCUGCGGGGAACUGACUGAGGGAGCCGGGGAGACCGAGCUUACUGGUACAUCGCAAAGGAAGUAGCGAGACACCGGCGGGACUGACGGCCCAGGGAUUUGCAGAUACACGUUGUGCCAUUAGAGGGCGCAGGCAUUAAGGGACCGCAGCGAGUUCAUGUGGGGCUUAUUUACAUUGGGUCGGGAUAAGGGUUAUUUAUUGGUAAAAAUCGACAAAGCCUAAGGGGCAACUCAGAAACAGAAGUGUAAGGGCGGCUGUAGUUUCGUAACAAACGGGCUAGGGAUAUUGGAUGCCAGUGACAAAAGGUUAGGGGCCAAUAGAGCCCAGUAACAUGAAUAGGGGCUACAGGAGCUCAAUAACAGACGAAUAGGGGCUACUGGAGCAAAAUAACAGAUGAAUAGGGGCUACUGGAGCAAAAUAACAGAUGAAUAGGGGCUACAGGAGCUCAAUAACAGAUGAAUAGGGGUUACUGAAGCUCAGUGAUAGAAGGUUAGGGGCUACUGAAGCUCAGUAAUAGAAGGUUAGGGGCUACUGAAGCUCAGUAAUAGAAGGUUAGGGGCUACUGGAGCUCAUUGAUCGAAAUCUGGGGACUAUUGGAGAUCAUUAAAAAAGUAAUACUGGCUUCUAGAGCUCAAUAACAGACAGGGGCUACUUGAGCUCAGUUUUAGAUGGUUAUGGGUUUCCGGAGCUCACUAACAGAGCAAUAGGGGUCAUUGGAUCUUAUAAACUCACUUUAGGGGCUACAGGAGCUUGGUGCAAAAGGAGUUACAGGCCACCCAAGCUCUGUGACAGAGAAUUGGGGGCUGAGGGACGUAGGUUACUGAAUCUCAGUGACAGAAGGUCAGGUGAUGUUGGACCCUAGUGACAGAAGGUUCUACUGAAGCUCAGUGACAGAAGGUUACAAUUCUUCUGGAGCUCAGUGAUUGAAGGUUAGGAGCAACUGGAGCUCAAUUGCAGAGAGAUAGGGGGCACUAGAGCUCAGUGACAAAGGGUUAAGAGCUUCAGGAGUUCGGUGACAGAGGAAUAGGGCAGGUCUGGACUAGGAUUCAAACUAGGCCCUGGCAUUUCAAGUACACAGAGGCCCAUAUAGCCCCCCAAUAAAUAGUGACUGUCUAUGGCAUCUUACAGCAGCCCCUCUAGCAUCUGCCAGAACCCACAGAUUGCCUGCCAGGGCCUUGAUAGGGGCCACUAGUUCUCAGUGAAAGAGGGUUUGGGGCUACUGGUGACAGGGUCUUCUGUAGCUUAAUAAUAAGGUUAGGGAAUACUGGAUCUCUGACACUGCACUAGACAUUAUAGGCUUCAGUGACAAAUUUAGGUAUUUGUGGGGCACAGUCAUUCAUUGACUGGAUACUGGGACACAGGAGUAAUUUCCUGACCGGAUAUAUAUAUAUAUAUAUAUAUAUAUAUAUAUAUAUAUAUAUAGUGGAGCCAAUCUCUGUAGAAGUGGUACAACAAAUAAGGUAAUAACCAGGGGCACUCACACAGCCAGAUAAAUCAUUGAAGCAAUCUAAUGGAGGGUCAGAGGUCACCAGAGUCAAUCACUGUCACUGAAGCAAUCUGACUGAUUGGUAGUGGCUACUACUGGUGGUUAUUACUUAACUACGGACUAGUAGCCAACUGACUGCAGUGACUCCUUGACAGAUACACAGGUUAUUAGCGCACACACAGACAUAGAUAGAGUGAUAACUGUUGGGACUAUUAGCGGCAACUCCCGCAACUCCCGACCACCAGGACAAAUGCUGGGAACAGGAAGGAUGGAAGAGUUUCACAGCGAGGAGGAGGAGCCAUGGUAUGACCAGCAUGACUUGGAGCAAGACUUGCAUCUGGCAGCCGAGCUGGGUAAGACUCUCCUGGAGCGCAACAAGGAACUGGAGGUCUCACUGCAACAGAUGUACCUGAGUAACGAGGACCAAGUACAGGAGAUUGAGUAUCUCAGCAAACAAAUGGAGAUGCUCAGGCAGGUGAAUGAACAGCAUGCCAAGGUCUAUGAGCAGUUGGACACAGUGGCGCGGGAUUUGGAAAUGACCAAUCAGAGGCUGGUACAGGAGAACAAGGCAGCCCAGCACAAAAUAAUGAGUCUCACAGACACUAUUGAUGGGCUUCAGAAGCAGGUGGAGUCUCUUCAGAAACAGGUGGAGGAUCUACGCAGCAUGGAGCAGGUGCGCAUAAAGAGGGAUAAACGAGAAAGGCGCCGCACUAUCCACACCUUUCCCUGCAUGCGGGAGCUGUGUGCCAACUCCAGGCAUGAAGAGACCCUGUACAUGCACAGCUCCUGUUUAGAUCUGUCCCAGAAGCCCUUGCUGAGGGAAAAUGAACGCCUGCAGAGUGCUGUGAACUCUCUUCGUGCCCAGGUAGCUGAGGAAAGGCAGCACAAAGAGAGAGCUGAGCGGGAGUACCAGGCUGUGGUGCAAGAGUAUUCCGAUCUGGAGCAGAGAGUGUGUGAGAUGGAAAACUGCAAGCUGCGAAUGCGGGAGCUGGAGGCAGAGCUGGUGGAACUGCAGCAGAUGAAGCAGGUGAAACAAUACCUGCUGGGCCGAAGUGACAGCCUUUCCCAGACUCUUUUAGAGCCCCUUAAUAAGACCCCAGAGACAGAUGAUCCAGAACCCCCUGAAGAAGGCCAAGUAGAUGUGAGCAGGGGCCCCGUGAUUCCAAACUCAGUGGUCAGGAAAAGCUGCAGUGACACAGCCUUGAGUGACAUUGUGGGAAGGGAUGCAGUCAGCCGGCAUGAGGGUAAUUAUACCCUACAUGCCAACAGCACCCGGCGCCGAGGCAUGUCCAUACUGCGAGAGGUAGAUGAACAGUACCACGCUCUCCUGGAUCGCUACGAGGAGCUGCUGGCCAAAUGCAGGAGGCACGAGGACAAUCUUUGUCAUGCUGGAGUGCAAACAUCCCGUCCAGUUUCAAGGGACAGCUCCAGCCGAGACCUUCCGGCAGAGGAGGCCGAGCCUGAGAGAGCACUGACCUUGCAAUUGGAAGCGGCAGACCGGAGACUGGAGCAGAGUCAGCCAGAAUACAAGGCUCUCUUCAAAGAGAUAUUUAACCGCAUACAGAGAACCAAGCAAGAUAUCAAUGCCGGGGGCAAGUAAAAGACAUUGUGCCUUCUUCUGCCUCCCCUCUGCAAUGAAUGCUGCCAUGGGAUGCCUACUUAUAGGCCAAUCAUUAUUUAAAUACCUUUGUAUUAAUCUUUCUGCCUUGCUGUAGCAAGACUCUGCACCAUGGACUCUGCUAUGCAUAUAUAUUUAUAUCCUAUGCCUAGAAAGUCAACCUUGCCUCUCUUGAACUACAACUUCCAUCAUACUCUGACAGCCAUAGAUGAGGGACUCAGGAUGUAUUUUACCGAAAUGCUGGGCACACUUACACUUAUUUAUACUCACACUAUGGUACACAGAAUGGCACACAGUUUUAUAUAGAUAUACACACACUACCAAGCACAUGUGCACGUGCAGAUAUUUAGGUGCCUAAUUGGCACACAAGGCACCAGUGCAAUAUACACACUAUGAAUACACUCUUACAGUGCUAUACAAUUACACUACACAGACAGUGCUAUGCUGUCAUGAGCGUUUCUACUUUUCCUUACUAGUAUAGUAAUAGUAAGUAAUAAUAUAUUCUGUGCACUGGAUCUCAGGGGCUAACCAUUUUCAUCCUUCUAGUUUCUAACAUAGAUCUUUGCGGAAUGGGCCAUUGCAUUUUGGGUUACAGACUAAAAGAGAAAGGAUCAUGUGACUGUACAAAGUCCAAGUUACCCCUGUGCUUGCUGUCUGCCUUUUGUUUUGAGAAUGAUCAUACAAUUUUCUUUUACUGCACAAUCUGGGAGUAAGGACAAAGCCAUUCUAGUUGGCACCUGAGAUAUACUGUGGGAGCCAAGCUCUUAUGCAAGAGUCUAUACAAUAUCAACCCUCAGUGGAUCACAUUAUCUGCUGCCAUAUGUAGGUCACAUGAACUGGGUAAUGAUUAACCACAAUCAUGGAACCUCUCAAACACAAGUGUGUUGAUGGGUGUGUUACACUGAUAGUUCUAUCACCUUGUUUUUCAGGGGUCAUCCCCCUCCCACUGUUAAAAUACAGUUGCCAGAAACCCUCAUGUUGAUGUCCUGCCCAUAGGACUGGCUUACUGUACCAGGGUCAUAAUUACAGUGGGAGCAGACCCUGCAGUAGCGGAGAGUCUGAGUAGUGUAGAGAACCCAAUGAGGCUCUAAUAAAUAAGCAAUUUCAAUAUAUCUUGGUAAAAUAGGUCAACUUACAAAUGUUUUGGAGCCCUAAAUUGCUUUUGCCGUGGGCCACUGCUCUUUACCUCUCACAUAGACCUGCUCAGAAUUUUUAUGAAAAAAAUCAAGGUUUCAGGACAGUUGUAGAGCCUCUGCCCUCAAAACAAGCUGUAGUCAAAUGAGGGGCAACAGUGACCCCUUUUGCAAAACUAAUACUGGUAUUACUAUGCUAGGGCAAUAGCUAACCCUAUGUAUUCCAUGCAUUCCAUAUGUGAAGACCUUUCCAUUUUAAAACCCUGCUGGUUUGACUAAACUGACAAAGUAUUAGCUCUGAAAGGCCAUCCUGGUAUAACAUGGUCUGGAUGAGCCUUAUAUGUCUAUUUAAAUGCCUUUUCUCCCAUGUCAGUAAAGAUUCUGGAUUAUUCUAA